GUUUUGUGUGUGUGUGUGUGUGUGUGUGUGUGUGUGUAUUUUCUCUUGUGACAGUAUUUUCCAUACAAGCUAUUACCCAGUCAGAACUCCUUCAAAGUAAAUUUAUGGAGAGCUCAAAGAGUAGUUUCUUUGGCAUUCUGACAGGCAGUCCUCUGCCAAAGUGUGUGUGCGCGCAUGCUUGCUUGCAUAUAUUUCUCAGAGGUUUCUCGGUUCUUGUCAGACUUUUUGCUUUGAUCUGGCCAGAGCUGACCUAACAUAAUCCACUUCUUUCACCCUCAAAGAGAGCAACACACCUAACACUCUGCCUCAACUCUCAACCCCAGCCAACAGCGGCCAAGUCAGAGCCACCUGACCAGCUCUAUUUCUACUAGAACAAACAGAUGUUUUUGCUGAUCAGUACAGAAUUUUGAACAGACCUGACCCUGGUGCAGCCUUCUGGGAAGUCAUCCAUACCCUUAGUUGAAUCAUAUUUGCCUUGAUAGCCUUUACAUUUUCUUUUUUGUGUUGUUGUGUUUGUGUGUUUUUGUUUUUAACCUAUAGGGAAAUGGGGUUGUAAAUACAGAAAUAUAAUGAAACUGAACUUGAUAUAAUUUUAACUUUCAUCAUGGUUUGUAGAAAAUCUCUUAUCUGGUUCUGAAAGCUAGCUUUAAAUUUAAAAUUUUAAACACUAAAAACUCUAAAAUGCUCCUCAACCAAGCAUGACAAAACAUCUAAACAGUACCUGACACAUGAUAUUCUGCAAGAGUGUUGAUGGGGAUAUUAAAUAUGUUUUGUUCUACUCCCUGUGUGCCUGCGAUCUGCUAAUUAGCCAUGCUUUGUCAGUGUGAUGGGCUAAUGGCUAAUUGCAUUGUGAGGCCUCUGUGUGUACAUGCAAUAAUGACUUAACGCUCUAAUAAGAUUGAGUUACAGGCAGUUGGAUCAUGGUGUCCCCAAACACUGAUCUGAGGUCAGUGUUAUGCUUUUCUCUCUAAUGGCUAUGAUGGGAGAGUGGAGGGGAUAAACUGAUCCUUGAUCUCCCAUGUGGGAUUUCGAUCACUCCCAUUGUGUUCUGUCAUUUAUCUUGGAGCUGGGUACAGCUAGAUGCCAGCGGUGAUGCAGUUGGCUUCUGAACAUUUUUAUGGAUAUCAAGUACAGGAAUACAUUUUUUAUUUGAUUAAAUAUACAUUAUAUCAUCUCAGAUAUGCUUUUAUCUUGAAGUUGUAAAAUAUGUAUGGUCUGGAUUGGUCAGUUGAUAAAUAUCUGCACCCAACACAGCUAUCUAUCUCUGUUAAACUCCUGCGUUCUCCCACCAGCUUCGUUCUUUUCCCCUCCAUCCCCCUUCUUCUCCCUGCUGCAGCACCUCCCAGUCCCUCAGUCACUUCUGUUCCAACUUAAUGGUCACACACAUACACAAGCAUUCACAUGCACAUACAGUACAGUGACGCACACACACACUCAUGAACGGUGUGUGGGAAUGGAAGGGGUGUGCUGCGUCCCUGCUGAGGUGCAACAGAUUGAUCCUGUACUGAUCUGCCACCGGGUCCCUGGGGAUUUGUAACGCAUGUCUGCUGUGCAAGGCUUAACACUUUCUCCCACUCUCUUUCUGUCUUUGUCUCUCUCUCAUUCUGUCUCUCUCUAGCGUCACAAGCAUCGUCUCUUGCUAUGCAGUGCAGUGGCCUUCGUACUCCCGCACCCUCUCACCCUCCAUCUCUCUCAGUAUUCUGCCAAUAACAGGUUCCCUUCGUCUUUCUGUUUUGAUCUUCUUUCAAUUCUAUUUCCUCUGACUGACUCUGUCAUUUCAUUUAUUCCCUGCUCUACUCUAUCUCUGGUUAUCCCUUCCUUAAAAUCAUUCUGUCCUCCCCGUGGAUUUUCCCUUUAUACUGCAUUGUAUUGAUAAUUUUCUAUUGUUUCUUCCACUACUCUUUUGCUGACACAGUUGUCUUUCUUAUAUAUGUCUGUAGAAAUAUCUAUAUAUCUGUAUCGAUAUCCACUGAAUGGCUAAAUCUAUAUGCAUGUAUAUGCACACACACUAUACUCACACACGUAAAGUACAUGUGGAAGGAAAGCGCUGUUUCUCUUUCAUCAUGUGUGCAGCGCCGCAGGGUUCUACAACUCAUCGGCUUGAUCUCUGAAGUUGAAAAAACACCCAAGCACCCUUUCAUCUCAUGCUUUAGAUACACAGCCAAUCUCUCGCUUCCUCCAUUUUCACAUGAGCCACACUGGGCCACGACCAGGGACAAAUGAGCUAACUGACCCACAGCUUAUACCACACUGUUUGCUUUUGUAUGCGUGUGUGUGUGUGUGUGUGUGUGAGAGAGAGAGAGAGAGGGUAUGUGCACAAAUGUAUCAUCUUUUGUUUCUUCUGCAUGUGUGUCUAUUUGUACGUUAGCAUGAUAAGAUGCUUUUGAUAAUUCCAUGCAGCAGCAGUUGUAACAAUCUGUGGCUAUUUGAUUAGUUGUAAUGGUAAUGAACACAGAGUAAAUUUACACAGUAUACCAUUUUUAAUGCAAAUUUCUCCCCUUAAUUUGGUUCACCAGGAUCUCUGUCGAUGUUUGAUGAACUCAAGCUAUUAUACAUCCUGAAGCAGCUUGUGUUUUCUGCUCUUAUGCUGCAUUAUGCUCCAGCUAAAACUGGUCCGUUUUUAUAAAUAUUUUUUAGUUUAUCAAUGUUAACUAGUGGCGCAAGAGAAUAUUUGGCAUUUUUGCUUGAAAAAUUAAAUAAAUGAUCUAUUAUGAAAAUAGAAAUGUAUUAACUUUCUGUGGAUCAAAUUAACAAUUAAUGGAUUACCGUAAUCACUUCAGCUCUAAUGUAGGUUAGAGAUCCAUUGUGUAUUCUAUUUGUGUGUCAUUUUGGUAAUUUGGAUAUGUUUGUCUCCAUUGUCAGAAUGUACAUUGGAAAGAAUGAAAAUCAUUGUGUGCUAAUAGUCCUUAAAAUAGAGCUGUAACAUCAACAGAAACAGGAGUUUGCUGUAUGCUGCAGCCAAUAUGUUUGAAGCAACAUUAGCACCACAUCUAGGACACAAUAAUUAUUCAUACUACAUCCUUGUUUGCCUCUGUGUGUGUGUGUGUGUGUGUGUGUGUGUGUGUGUGUGUGUGUGAGAGAGAGAGAGAGAGAGAGAGAGAGAGAGGGAGAGAGUGCAUGUGUGUGUGUGCAUGUGUAAUGCCACCUAUCCAAAGGGAAUUCAUCCUAGAAAACUGGGAUGAAGAUUAAGAUAUCGUCAGACUUUACCUUGUUCUCCCCUCGCCUCAUUAUCCAAUCGCCCCUCUUACCCUGAAUCUCUUGCCCUCCUGCUUUCAUCCUUCCCCUUGAGCACAUUUUGUUCACAACCUUCUCUUCCUCCCUGCAGCAGUAAGAAAGGUUUUGCAGCCUACAGCGGAGGCUUUGAGUUCUUGUUAGUAUUUUGCACAUACUGUGAAUAGUAAUACGUUUGAGCUCACAUGCCUGUUUUCCUCAUGUUAGUAGAUGAUCUAUCGGCUUGGCCACGGUCCCAAACUCAUUAUAGCCAAGCCCUCAAACUCAACCUCAGUGGGGGAAGGAUGUGCUUAACACAAAUAUUUUAUUUAUCCAGAUAAAAAAAUAAUCAGUGGGCAGAUAACAUCACAUUCUGUUGUUAUUUAAAUAAACAGAAACAUAUAUGGAAUAAUGAAGUACCGACAUGGUACUUGUCUAGUUUAAAGUGGCCAUAAUCAAUAUUUUAAUAUUAAUAAUGCAUCACAUGACUACUUGGUGUGAAAGGGUCACUCAUAUAGUGAUGAAACCACAGCGAAUGAUCAACUCAGCAGUUUUAGUGUCUUUCCUCUCAUUGUUUUGGGUUUUAUGGCCUGCAACUUUUUUGACUCAAUCUCAUGCUAUCAUUGCAGCAGGGAGAUGUUUUCUGCGGAAAAGAAACUAAGCUGUUUGCUGUAUGCUACCUGCUCAGCACCAAAUAACAGACAGCCGCAGUUAGCAACUGGUGAACUUAGCGGAGCAUUAAGCAGCUAAAGAGCCAGAUAUUUACCUCAGGAGUUAGUGGAGACAGAAACAUAUAAAAGGAAAGGGAAUGUUGGACUUCAUCAGGUGGCCAGAAACACGACUCCUAAAUACAUGUUCCUCCGUUACUGUUGGAUGUGUAAAUAGGUAACUAUUUGAUAUCAUAAUUUGCUAACAUGAUAUCAUAUUGACCUGAAGUCCAACAUUCGCUUUUCUUUUAUUUGUCAGUGAUGUGUUCAUAGCUCGAUUCCUCUGCAUAAAAGUGUCCAAAAAAAUCAGUUAUUGCUGGUUUUAAAAAAGGCCAAAAGUUUUGAAAUGAUUAUGAGUCCUAUCUUUUUACAGUGCCAGGUUAUACAAGCAAACAGUAGACUUAUAUAUUUUCAUCCACACACUGUACACAGUAUAUAAACAAACAAUUUGAAACCGUAGCGAGAGGCAAGCAGUAUACCAGAGCAACAUAUAAGAUAUUGGUACUAAAGAAAAAGUAUGUAAUAGAUUAUUGACUCAGGGUCAUAAACAUAAUUCCUGGCACUAAAAAAGAGUUGUAAAGACAUCAUAACCAGUAAAAGGCUGUGCAAAACAAUGUAAUAUUAAAUAGACGAAUAUACGAUUCCUCUCCCUCAGGUUCUCAGGCCUCCUGAGCCAUCCACAAACCAAAAUCCAAAAUUACAUUAUCCAAUAGAUCAGAUUUAAUUUACACAACUGUUUCUCAUUUGUAUAGUUUUCCAUUUUAGCAGUAUUUGUUGUUGCAAUGAGAGGCAGGUCAGCAGUAAAAUAAAUAUGGAGAACAGGCUUAUUUGCUUCAGCACUGAGAGUUUGUAGGCCAUGUUGAUGGACCCUAGUUGCCUGCCAACUGUCUCAUCUGACUGGCGUGGAGGUUUGUUGCUCUCUUCCAAAAACACAGCCGACCACUCUUCAUUAAAAAAGCAAAUAGCACACCCCAACAGAAAAGCAAUACAAGCAAACAGAGCCAAUUGGUUCUGAAGAGACAAAUUUAACAGGCAGAUAUGAUUACCUCAGACACCACUUCUCCCCUGAUUCCACAAACAACAGUUAGGCAAGUCAAUUUGCCUUAAUUUCAUUGGAGGAGAAAGCCAGCCAGCCAGGUUGAAGUCAGUACUUGAUGCGAGUGAGCGCUCGUUAGACGAUAAUGGAUGCGUGUAAUUGGUGAAGUGCUGAUUGCUCCCCCAAAAAAGAUUCCAUCGGAGGAGAAUUUUCUGUUUCAUUAAGCCAUGGUCAGAAAUAAUAAGAUAGCCAUCUGUAGACUGAGAGAGAAAAAGAGAGGGGGCUGGGAUAUGGAAAGUGCUCAUGAUCAGAAAUGGGAGCAACAACUUCCAGAAUUGUCAUAUAGUGGUAUUCAUUGUUAAGAUGAUAAUAACUAAGAGACAGAUUGUGGGUUUUGGGGGUGGGGGGUGGGGGGUUCUUCAUUGAUUUAUACUCAUUUUUUCUGUUGUAAAAUAUCAUCUGUAUAUUUACUUUUAUCUUCACUUCUGUGUUUUCUGUCAUUUUCCCUACGCUCUUAAUCACGCAGGCUGAAUGUAUGUGUUUUUCAUUCUGCCAUGUGUAUACGUCUUCUUGGUUUACAGCCUUAAUGCAUCAUUGGCUGGCUGCACACCAACUGGCUUUUAUGGCCCGGGAUCUGACACUGUAAAGCAUGCUCCGAUAGGCAUGCAAACGCACACUGAUACAGACACUUUAGAGCCACAAGUGCUUACUCAUCACACCGCAUGGAGGGAAAGCAUUGUGAGCCGUUUAUGUGCUUUGUUUUUCAAUGCCCUGAUUACGAAGGAGUGCAUGGUCUACAGCUCAUGUUUUUGUGCCCCUCUCUUUCUCUCUCUCUCUCUCUCUCUCUCACUAUGUGAGCACAUCUUCCUCAUUUAUUUGUGACAAUAGAACAAGACAUGACUCAUCCAAGAUAAGACAGAUGAAGGGUGUGAGUCUUAUGGGCCAGAAAAUGAAGACAGUAAUGGCAGUUCUAUAGAAGUAGGUCCGGUGGCGGUUUGUGUGCAAGGAAAGCCCACUAUCAUUUCCAAUCAGCUGCUAGUUCUGCAUGACUAAUGCUGAAAUGACAUAUAUCGUUGUCAGAUAGGGCAUGUUCACACAGCUGUUUUUUUUUUUUUUUUUUUUUAGAUACAGGCAUAAUAAUGACAGCUUCCAACACACACACACAUUUGUGCACACUAGCUCACUCUUAUCUUGCUGGCUGACACCAUUUUGCUCUCUAACAAUCUUGCUAAUUAUAAUUGUUAAUUAAUUCUCUGCCAGUGUCCUCAUCAGGAGACUAAUAACCUACAUUUCCAUUAAUUAGACCUUCAACCCUUCGCUCCCUCUCUCAGUCUCUCCGUCCCACUCCAAUCCACCCCUUCGUCCCCUGCCUGCCUGCUUCCAUGCUCCCGCCUGCUGCUCUCUUCUCCCAGGAUUGUUCAUAGACCAUGUGCACACAUGGAGUGUGAUUAAUUGUGUGUGUGUGUGUGUGUGUGUGUGUGUGUGAUUGUGUGUGUUUGUUGCUUGUAUCACUGACAUUGCGGGGACAAACGGCAAAAAAGGCUGCUGUUUUAGGGUUAAAGGGAUAGUUUGACAUUUUUGUAUUAUUAUAUAUAUUAUGAAUAUGCGUAUUUGCUUUCUUGCCAAGAGUUAGAUGGAAAGAUUGAGAUAAUCAUUUCUGUCUUUGUCUGUUGCUCGUAGGCCUAUAUGUAGCUGGAGCCAGCACCUUGUAAGCUUAGCUUAGCUUAGCAUAAAGACUACAAACAGGUUGAUGUUUGCCUGGCUCUGACUAAAUGCAAAGUAAGAAAAUCUGCCUACUGGCACCUCCAAAAGUACACUAAUUAACACAUUAUAGUUGUCCAAGUCUCUGCUGGUUGCCUGGCAACUGGUCUGGCAGAUAAACCCCCGAAAAACAGCAAAUUGUUCUUUUUACACUUGUGCACUUGAGUUUUGUACGGAUUAAACAAACAAGAUAUAAGCGUUAAUGUGUGAGCUUUAGAGGUGCUAGUUGGAGUUUAAUUGGACAGAGCCAGGUUUCCCUCUGCUUCCAGUCUUUAGCUAAGCUAACCAGCUUCUGGCUCCAGCUACAAAUACCAGCUACAUGAGAAUGAUAUACAUUUUCUCAUCUGACUCUAGGUAAGAAAGCGAAUAAGUGUCAUAAAUGUCAAAUUAUUCCUUUAAGACUUGGUUUAUGUAUCUUGAAUGAAUGUAAAUCAAUACAAUGUCCUGCUAAGUGAUAAAACAAGUUUCUGUGUGUGUGUGUGUGUGUGUGUGUGUGUGUGUGUGUGUGUGUGUGUGUGUGCCCUAGACGCUAUGUGGGCAAUCAAUGGACAAACAGCCCCUCUCUCUUGGAAACUACUCUUCCCAUCAGGCUUAGCUGACCUGGUUUCAGUGCACAGUGGAGCAGUGUUAUCAUGCCACCACUUGCUCUGAUCUCUGAACAAAUUACCAAUGCAGUGAACAUACUGUUAACUGCACUGUUGCACAAAAGAUUAACACAGUUGUUUAUUUCACAGGCCUGUUGAUCCUUCAGUCAUCUUGAUCUGCUGCAAACUUCAUGACUUUUAACAGUUUAUCUCCACUUCUAACUAUGCUUAACUAUCCAUUUCUCGGACUCUUUGUGCAUGAAGCUCCCUGCUCUUCUCUUCCAGACUAGAUACUCUCUCUCCUCUCCGUUUCCUCUCUCCGUCUGGCACUCGAGGAAGUGAGGGACAGUUGGCGCUUGCUUGUCCAUACUGUAUUGGUGGUGGCAAAAUGGCAGCUUCUGUCUCAUCCGUCCUCCUUCCUCUACCUCCCUCGCCCUCUCCUGAGAGGAGUAACCCAGAUUUCAAAAUGAAUCGCCGCCUAUUCCCCUCAAUCUUUCUCCUCUCUCUCUCUCUCUCUCUCUCUCUCUCUCUCUCUCUCUCUCUCUCUCUCUCUCUCUCUCUUUCUCUCUUCCUCUCUCUCUCUUUCUCUCUCUCCAUCUCUCGUCCUCUUCUUAGUAAAAAGAGAAUCAAUCUUGGAAAGAGAAUACCACCUCUCUAUCUCGUCCUCCUCCUCACCCUGCCUCUGGGUUAACGGAUAUAUACCACUUUACUCGUCUAUCUUUGAUUCCUAGAAAGCUUGAAUCUCCCAAAACGUUUGUUGCUUUCUCUUUUUGUUUUAAUAGGUUUUUCUAUUUCUUUUUAUUUUCCUUUUUCGGCUGGUUCUUUCCAACUUUUCGCAGCACUGCUUCUCUUGGUUUUUCUGUCUUGUCUUCCCAUCUUUCUCUUUUUUUGAGGUGACCAGCUACAGGUGUGACACCUUAGCCUUUCUUUUGAAGUGAGCCAAACGAAGAGAAGAGAAGGGGGAGAGGAAGAGAAGAAAGCUGUCCUGUAGUCGAGCCUUUCCUACAAAAUCACAACCAAUUCAGGCAUCAUGUCUACCCCGGUCUCCCCCUCCCCCUCUCUCUCCCCGUUGACACUGGCCUCCCCUACAUCGGCAACCUCCCCCGGUGCCUCCCCUCUGCCCUCGCCCCUGUCCCCUCCACCCAGGGUGCCCGUGUUCCAGAGGAAGGGAGCGCUCAAACACAAGAGGAUUGUGGAGGUGAAAGACCAUCAGUUCACGGCCCGCUUCUUCAAACAGCCCACCUUCUGCAGCCACUGCACCGACUUCAUCUGGGGCAUCGGCAAACAGGGAUUCCAAUGUCAAGUUUGCAGUUUUGUGGUCCACAAAAGAUGUCACGAGUUUGUGACCUUCACUUGUCCUGGGUCUGUGACAGGCCCCAGGCCAGAUGACCUGAAGAGUCAACACACAUUUAAGGUCCAGACUUACUCCAGUCCCACCUUCUGCGACCACUGCGGCUCGUUGCUAUACGGCCUCAUACACCAGGGCAUGAAAUGUUCCAGUUGUGACAUGAACGUCCAUCGACGGUGUGAGACAAGUGUUCCCAGUCUCUGUGGACAAGACCAUACAGAGAAGAGAGGAAGGAUCCACCUGACUAUCAGAGGAGAGUCUGAGGAAGUCUUUGUAACAGUGCGGGAGGCUCGUAACCUGAUGCCCAUGGAUCCAAACGGCCUGUCAGACCCGUAUGUUAAACUGAAAUUGAUUCCGGACCCCAAGAGCCACAGCAAACAGAAGACCAAGACCAUCCGCUCAACACUAAAUCCCGUCUGGAAUGAGAGUUUCACCUUCUCAGUGCGCGGUCACCAGUGGGACAGGCGACUGUCUGUGGAGGUAUGGGACUGGGACCGCACAUCUAGGAACGAUUUCAUGGGAGCGCUGUCAUUUGGAGUGAGUGAGAUCUUCAGGCGUCCUAUCAGCGGCUGGUUCAAACUGCUGGCCCAAGAUGAGGGAGAGUACUACAACAUCCCCGUGCCAGACCCAGACCUGCAGGAGCCUCAGCCAGACGCCACAACACCAUCUCUGCCUCAAGCGAUACCUGUCCCACUGUCUGAAGUGUUCCCUGUGGCUCUGUCCCCGACCCCUGUACCAUGUCCUCCUGUCCACACCCCAGGCCCUGCCAAAGUCAGAGUGGGCAUGCAUGACUUCAACUUCCUCAUGGUGCUGGGCAAAGGCAGCUUUGGCAAGGUGCUGCUGGCAGAGGAGCGAGGCAGCGAGCGUCUGUUCGCAGUGAAAGUGUUGAAGAAAGACGUUCUCUUCCAGGACGAGGACACAGAGAGCGCCCUGGUGGAGAGGAGGGUUCUAGCGCUUUCCUCUCGCCCUCACUUCCUCACAUCACUCUACUGCGCCUUCCAGACUGAGGACCGUCUUUAUUAUGUGAUGGAAUAUGUCAACGGAGGAGACCUGAUGUUUCACAUUCAGAUAGUUGGCAAGUUCAAAGAGCCUCAUGCAGCGUUUUAUGCAGCAGAGAUAGCAGUCGGCCUCUUCUUCCUCCACAGCAAAGGCAUCAUCUACAGGGAUCUAAAGCUGGAUAAUGUGCUGCUUGACAGCGAGGGCCACAUAAAGAUAGCUGACUUCGGGAUGUGCAGGGAGGGCAUGUUUGAGGACGACACCACGCGCACAUUCUGCGGCACCCCUGACUACAUCGCCCCUGAGAUUGUGGCAUAUCAGCCUUAUGAUAAAGCGGUAGACUGGUGGUCCUAUGGAGUACUGCUGUAUGAAAUGCUGGCAGGACAGCCACCAUUUGAUGGUAUUGACGAGGAGGAGCUGUUUCAGUCCAUUAUGGAGCAGUGUGUCUCAUACCCGAAAAGUCUCUCUCGUGAAGCUGUUGCUAUCUGCAAGGGACUCCUGACGAAGAACCCGGCCAAGCGUCUUGGUGGAGGAGAGGAAGGAGAGAGAGAGAUCAGGGAACAUCCAUUCUUCCGCUGGAUUGACUGGGACCGUCUGGAGAGAUUGGAGAUCCAGGCGCCCUUCAAACCCAGAACUGGUGGGAAAAAAGGUGAAAAUUUCGACAAGUUCUUCACAGCAGCUCCGUCAGUGCUCACCCCGUCUGACCCGGAUGUACUCGCAGCUAUAAAUCAGGAAGACUUCCAGGGCUUCUCCUUCCUAAACCCAGACUUUGCCCCGUCGCCUCUCACCGCUGUUUGAAAAUGGCUCCCAAACCUGCUCCAACAACCCCUCCAAGUGUACCUAAGCUACCCUGUUACCCUCCGUAAUAGUAGUUUUAUAACAGAAGUUGAACUAGCAGUAUUAAAGACACCUCUCAUAACCAAAUCCUAACGUUUACAUGAAAAUGCCAAGACACCUUUAUAUUCAUGCACUCUCUUUGAUGUAUGUAUUUUAUCUUGAUAGUCACAGAAUAUGUUGCAGCAAUGCAAACAAAGCCAGUAUUCUACUAUAGAUUUCCAUCUUAGAGUUUUUUGUAAGGCAUCCCUUAACUUGAUAUAAGAGUACUGUAGUAUGAACCUGAUAAAUGAAUCUCUUUGCAUGCAAUGUUUUUAGAAUGAGUUCCUCUGACACACUAGUUUUCUAUAGCAUAGAUUAGUCAAGAAAA